UAGUGGAUUUGUCAGUCGUUUGAUUUAUCGGUUGCACAAAUAAAAGCACGGGGGUCCACCCAAAAAUGUAAAGAAAGACCGUUGUGGUGGAGUUAUUUAUGUUUGUAGGGGUGCCACCAAAUCCGUACGGAUACAGAAAGCCCUUUUUUCAUUCACAAACAGUUCAUGUUCAUCUUCUAGAGAGAGCCACUUUUCCUUUAACCGCAUUUGCAUUUUCUGGAAGAAGGCUGAAAACUAGAAGAGUCACUGGAUCAAGAGUGUUCUGGAACUCAGGGUUUGAGCUAUGGCUGUGAGAGUGGCGCUGUUAUGUGGUCUGCUAAUGGUGAGCGCCCUGAGCGUGUCAGCUACAGAUCAUAUUGUUGGCGGCAACCGUGGUUGGAACAUUGGAGUGAACUACACCGACUGGAUUAAUGCUCAAACCUUUGUCUUGGAAGACUGGAUCUCAUUUAGGUACCAGAAGGACCAGCACAAUGUUCUUCAGGUGAACCAGUCGGGAUACGACAACUGCACGACGGAUAACCCUAUCGCUAACUGGAGCAGCGGCAAAGAUUUCAUGGAGCUGAAUGAGUCGAAGCGGUAUUGGUACAUUGACGGCAAGGGUGGAUGCUUCGCCGGCAUGAAAGUCACUUUCAAGGUUAACAAGACUGCAUCUGCGCCUCAACCUUCUGCUGCAAAUACUUCAUCGGAUUCCAAAGCUUCAGAUGCGGCCGACUGUCUUCUUCGGCCUGGCGUGCCCUUCUUUUCUGCAUUGUCUAUGUUUGUUGGAGCUUUGCUUACAAUCUGAUCUCCUGUGUUUCCCUGGUUUUGAUCCCGGAGCUCGAAUGUAUCUUCCUGUGUUGUUUGAUAUAAUGAGUUGAUCUAUUUAGUUUUGACGAUUUGUGUAUUGUUAGCGCGCCCAAAGUUUGGGAAGCGUUUUACCUGCAACAAGGGUUUCGAAUGCGUGUGAAUCGGUUUUGAUUGAUAAUGAAUAUAUUGGUUCUUUAAUUAAUCUCUCA